AUGAAUGAAGAGGCCCUCCUCCUUCCACGCAAGCGCUCGGAGCAGUUCCACAUCGACGAGCCCGAUCAGGAGUCCCACUGGAUCCACGAGCACCGACGCCAGCUCUCCACACUACCAUGGCACAAACGGCCAUCCUUUGGCACCAUGGGGUUCAUUCUCUUCCUCAUAGCAUUGGCUGCCUCGUGUGGCCAGCCCACCAAGGACUCGCUCAACGCCAAGUUGGCGUGCCGAGCGUCGGGUCAGCUCUACUGUGAUCCUGUGCUAAAACAGGUGAUCUUGUCCAACCUCAAUCUCGUGUGCUCCACCACCACCAGCAUCGUGCUGAUGGUGGUCCUGGCUAACGUGGGUCCGCUCUCGGACUCCUACGGCCGGAGCCCGUUCUUCUGCUACUAUAUUUUGGCCAACUUCCUUGCGCUGGCGGCAUUGCUCUGGGUCUAUAGAACCUACUCUACCUUGAAGUUCUGGUUGAUUGUACUGACUUCGUUCAUUUCGAGCUUGAGCGGAGGCAACUACUCGCUCCUCUCGCUCCUGAACGCUUAUGCAUCGGAUAUCGUGGCUCCCGAGAACAGGAUCUACUCGUUGGGCUUGGUGUCUGCUGCCAUAUUUGCAGGCAGUACUCUUGGGCCCAUGUUGGGAGAGUUUGUGCUAAAUCGCUCCAGCGAUAUCACCUCUAUCAAUGGGGACAUUCUUGCCAACGAACUAGUCCCCAUCAAGGUGGAAUUGUGCAUCCAGGCGGUGGUAAUGGUAUUUACUUUCAUGUUUCUUCGAGAGUCUCGCUCGAAACAGGCCCUUUUGCGGGCAAGAGCAGACCAAGCAAGUACUCCUCGUACGUUGGUGGACGCUAUCAAUUUCUUCAAGCCUCUUAAGCUAUUGGCGUUGCCCCGUUCGGUGGCUCGUCCCCACCAAAGACUCUCCAUCCGCAGGUCCAGGUAUGUGGUGGUGCUCCUUGUCACCAUCGAGAUUUUGAUGGCACUUGUGGACGAUAUCGUCCGCACCAUCAUCACCCAGUACGGCAUUUUCAGGUUCAAUUGGUCCGCCAAGCAGUUGGGGUACUUCCUGUCAAUAAACUCGUUGGCCAGUGCCGUGGUGCUAAUGGCCAUUUCGCCGUUGCUCAACAAGGUGUUGUUCGCCAAACUACUUGGUUAUUCAGCGUUGGAGUCGCAGUUUGACACCAUCGACUUUGCCAUGCUUUUGGUGGCCUUGGUCAACGAAAUCGUCAGUCUCUCCAUGCUCUACACCAGCACCAGCACUUCGGAAAUGUUCUUCGCUGGAAAUUUAUUGACCAUCAGCUUGAUCGGUGGGCCUGCCAUCACUUCUGCCAUGCUCAAAUUUUAUCCAGAAUCAAAGGUAGGUGAGUUCUUCAGUGCACAGUCUAUCUUGAAAAAUGCAUUGGGAAUCAUUUCACCACUAGUAUUUCAAUGGUUGUACAAGUACAGCCUUAGAAACCAAGUAGCUAACUUGUCGUUUGGGGUGUAUGCAUUGAUCAUUAUGCUGUGCACGGGAUGUCUUCUCGUGGCCAGAAGGCUCUCCUUAGCUACUCAACUGGGGCAUAUAGCCACCCCGUAA